CGCGCGGCGCGUGGAGCAGCGGAGCGCGUGGGCCAGUGUGUCGUCUGCUCUCGUUGUGAAUCGGCUUGGAUUUCAGAACGUCGCCGCAGCUGCGAAGGCAAGUGCUGGUGUUGUGUGUUUUCGUUCCUCGUUCGUGGUCGAGCGUGCAAAAAGGACUAGCCCGUCCCCGUUAUCUUCGAGCCGAUCAAGAGGCGCACUGGGUCCGUGUCACGAUGAACUACCCAAGAACGAAGGCGAAGGCCUCGCGAUCCACAGUGAGAUAAUGGAGGAGUCUCACCGGUACCGCCUGCUGAAGCCCCUUCCCCUCAACACUGGCAGCAGCUACAAUGGCGGAGCAGGCGGAGGAGGUGGAGGCGGGUCUCCGGAGCACCACCACCUGCAACAUGAUCCGAAGGUGGCCGCCUACUACCGGGGCAUCUCGAAGCACCUGGACCUGCUAUCCUUGCCGGCACCGGGCGACAGGUUCCAGCUCGUCAAGGUGGUCGGCGAAGGCACGUACGGCGAAGUGUACGCAGCGAGGGACAAGCUCACUGACCGGCUGGUGGCGGUCAAAAUCAUGGAGAACAUCGCGGACAACGUGGAGGAGAUGGAGGAAGAGCACCGCGUCCUUCGAGACCUCUGCGUCCACCCGAACAUCCCCACCUACUUCGGCAUAUUCUUCCAGCCGGCACCCUGCAGGGAGGACGACCAGGUCUGGUUCGUUAUGGAGCUGUGCACGGGCGGCUCCGUCACCGACCUCGUGCAGAACUUGCGCAAGUCAGGCAGCAACCUUCCCGAGCCGAUCAUCGCUUACAUCCUGAGGGAAACCAUCGACGCGCUGCGGUUCCUACAUGCCCACCACUGCAUGCAUCGGGACGUAAAGGGACACAACAUUCUGCUCACCGACACUGGCACCGUCAAACUGGUCGAUUUCGGUGUGUCAUCUCACUUGGAUGAGACAAUGGGAAGGCGGAACACCUCCGUCGGAACACCCUAUUGGAUGGCUCCUGAGGUGGUGGCGUGCGAAAGGCAGCUAGAUUACUCGUACGACAUCCGCUGCGACGUCUGGUCCCUGGGCAUCACUGCCAUCGAGCUUGCCGAGGGAGAACCGCCUUUGGCCGAUAUCCACCCUAUGAGGGCUCUCUUUCAAAUUCCGAGGAACCCGCCGCCCAAGCUGAAGAACCAGGCCGAGUGGUCCGAUGACUUCAACGAUUUCCUCUCAGUGUGCUUGGUUAAGGAUUACGAGAAGAGGCCCUUGAUGUCGGACCUGAUGAACCACAAGUUCAUCGCUCAGGUCCCCAAGCAUCCUGAAGAGAUCCGCCAGGAGCUGGUGCGGAUCCUGAAGGCGCAGCGCAAGGUGGGCUACAGCAAGCGUCUGCCCGAGGUGACCACCAAGCAUGGCCAGCUCAAGACGGACCGCAAGUCCCGGCCCACGCCUAUCCUCAUGGACGACCUGUCCGCGCUCGAGACGCUCACCGAGGAGAUCAUCGUCGACCAGCUGUACCAAAGAUUCAUGCGGGGCCAGAUAUACUCAUACAUCGGCGACAUACUGCUCGCCAUGAACCCAUUCCAGAAGCUUCCUAUCUACUCCGAAGAGGUCUCGUUGAGGUACCGGAAUCGUGCCAAACUGGACAACCCGCCACACAUAUUCGCCGUCGCAGAUGCUGCCUACCACAGCAUGUUGCAUCAGAAGAGAAACCAGUGCAUUGUCAUCAGCGGAGAAAGCGGAGCCGGCAAGACGGAGAGUGCCAACCUCCUGCUCAGGCAACUUGUGGCUCUUGGAAAGGCUACCAACCGGAACCUGGAGGACAAGAUCUUGCAGGUGAACCCCAUCAUGGAGGCGUUCGGCAACGCGAAGACGGGCAUCAACGACAACUCGAGUCGAUUUGGAAAGUUCCUAGACCUCACCUUCACCGAGCAGGGAAAGAUCACCGGGGGUAAACUAUCGGUCUACCUCCUGGAGCAGUCUCGGGUGGUGUGGCAAGCACCGCAAGAGCGAAACUUCCACAUUUUCUACUACCUAUACGACGGGCUGGCUGACAUCAGGCAGCUCGGAAACUAUUACCUCGACACCACCGGCAAGAGGCAGCACAGGUACCUCAACGGAGCGCCCUCGGACAAGGAAACCGCGUCCACACACGUCGACAGGCUGAACAACAUCAAGCAGGGCUUCCAGCUGCUCGGCUUUCGGUCGGCCGAGACGGACACCAUCUACCGCAUCCUGGCAGCCAUCGUGCAUCUGGGUGACGUAGAAGUGCGCAAGGCGGAGACCACGUUCCAGAACGACACGUGCAUCAUCGUCAACGCCGAGAAGAUCCCUAUUGUUGCGCAGCUGCUGGGACUUCAGGGCAACGCUCUGCGGGACGCGCUCACCUCGAGCAGCAUGGUGAUGCGCGGCGAAGUGAUCACGCGAUGCAACUCGGCACAGGAGGCCGAGUGCGCGAGGGACGCCAUGGCAAAGGCCCUGUACGCGCGACUCUUCGACUGGAUCGUCAACCAGAUCAACCGGCACCUGGCUUUGGGACGCAUCGCCAUCGGUCUUCCGUUGUCCGUGGCCUUGCUAGACAUCUUCGGCUUCGAAGACCUGCAGAAGAACUCGCUGGAACAGCUGUGCAUCAACAUCGCCAACGAGCAGAUCCAGUUCUUCUUCAACCAGCACGUGUUCGCGUGGGAACAGCAAGAAUACUUGAACGAGGGCCUCAGUGUGCAGCCGGUAUCGUUCGGCGACAACCGUCCCGUGCUGGACAUGUUCCUGGGCCGACCGCUCGGACUGCUGGCGUUGCUCGACGAGGAGAGCCACUUCCCAAACGCGACAGACCAGUCCCUCAUCGACAAGUUCCACAACAAUAUCAAGUCCAAGUAUUACAUCCGACCAAAGUCCAACGCCCUGCAGUUCACCAUCAGGCAUCAUGCUGGCAAGGUUGUGUACGACGCUCGCUGCUUUGUGGAGAAGAACCGAAACUUCCUCCCCACGGAGAUCGUACAGCUUCUACGGCAGUCCAAGCUGCCCGUUGUGCAGACACUUUUCCAGUCGCCGCUCACCAAGACGGGUCAGCUGUACACGCCGUCGCAGUAUGCCUGCCAAAAUCUGUCCACGCAGAGCCUAGUGAGCCAGGCGAAGGCGCUGCAGACGACGAGCACCUCGUUCCGCUUCUCGCUCAUGGACCUGCUGCAGAAGAUGAGCGCGGGGCUGCCGCACUUCGUGCGCUGCCUCAAGCCCAACGACUACCGGCUCGCCGGCGGCUUCUCGCGGGACAAGGUGCUGUGCCAGCUCCGAUACACGGGCGUCCUCGAGACCAUCUACAUCCGCCAGCAGGGCUUCUCGCACCGGUACUCGUUCUCCGAGCUGCUCAAGAGGUACGGCUUCUUGGCGUUCUCCUUCGACGAGAGGGUCGUUCCCAACCGCGACACGUGUCAUCAACUUCUCGUGCGGCUCAAGAUGGACGACUACGCUAUCGGAAAGUCGAAGGUAUUCCUGAAGUACUACCAUGUGGAAUACCUUUCUCGACUUUAUGAGCAGCAAAUACGGAAAAUAGUGAUUGCACAGUCAGCUGUCCGGAGGUGGCUCGCAAAGCGCUAUGUGCAGAAGAGGAGACUUGCCAUUGCCCUGGUCGCCCAGCGAUGUCAAAUGAAGAUCCAGAAGAACAAGGAGGCAGCAAAUAGAAGAAAAGCAGCACAUCACAAGUGCGUCGACCCAAAUGGUUCCACUUGGAAGUGCCUCAAGAUACUAGACUUUUGCCAGAAGGUGCACCACUGCCCAAGCAGCAGGAAUCGAUGUCUAAAGAAGGCGCAUCCAAACACGAACAUCACACAGCUCAUCAUGACCUGCCACCAAGUGCCUGGCCUGUCUACCAGGAAUGGUGAAACCAUUGCGGACGAAACUCCUGUGCCAAGCGAGCGAAGGAUCAAUGGUCGCUGCAGAAAUCACGACCACCAGCACCAACAAAGGCCACAACCAAAGAAGCCUCUGCAUCUCAACAACUUUGACCUCUGUACUCACAAGCUCCCUGCAGAAGACAGAAAAAUGCUGGCCACAGAGGUUCCUGUGAAACCGGCACCAAGGGAGUUGCGCAAUGGAGUUAACGGAGUCAAUGUAGACCAGAAAAGACAGCAAGAGAUGGAUGCAAGUUCGGCUUCUGGAAACUCUAGCAGCCUAAGCAGUGGACCCAGGCCAACGAUUGUUGAAGUGGAAUCCUGGUGGCAAGAAGGCUCACUCAAAGAGAACCACAAAAUUGAGCCCAUCAUUCCAGUCCAUUGUGAGAUGCCUACAGCACAAGAAAGUGACCCAAACCAAGGUCCCUACCAGUUCAAGAAGAUCCUACGAAAACCUCCACCUUCACCCAAACCAUCCCCAAACAGGCAAACACCGGGCGUGUUUGAUUUUCGCAAGCUAUUGCGCAAGACAGAUAAUGCACCUACGGAGACAUUGAAGCGUUGUAAGGGUUUAAUAUCAUCAUCAAAUUCAGUCACGUGAUCAUUACAACUACAAUGGCGUCAAGUGUACAAGGUUGUAAGAUGUCUGGUCCUGCUUAGAGUGAAAGCAGUACAGGACAACUAGUCUCUCUGUUUCCGUCCUUGCAGCUUUUUUAUGCCAUGCUGCAAUGUGUAUGUCAUUCAAAGCAAGCACACACACACCGAGCUUUCUUGUCUCCCUCCUUCAUGUUCAAGGACACAUUGCCCACUUUGUGCGGAAAUCAGGUUUAUCAAAGGAGAAUAGUGGUGGAGUGAAGACCACUGCUUUGCAAAUUGCCUUUAACCAAAUAUGCAAACAUGGCACUACACAAGCAAUGCAGAUGAAAUACUGCAAAUGCCCAAGCCAUGACACCAGCUAGUACUAUCCUGACAACUGUGAUAAAGUAAGUAAUUAGGGCUUUUAUAGAACUUUUAGUAGCAGUGUUAUCCUUGCCGUUCGUGUGCCAUACCUUGGUAGGCUACGACAGCUGAGGAAAAUACUGAAUUGGCUGUGGAGAGCACACUGUGCUGUGACCAAAGCCAGUUUUUUUAAUUGGCAAUGCAAGCCUUGCUACAAAAUAAGCCAGAAUGCAGCCUCAACUGAAUGCCCACAUAACAACACCAAAAAAUCACACGUAGACACGCAGAAAGUUAAACAAGGUUACCGAUGAAAAAGAAAGCUAUUUAUUCAAGACAACACUGCACACAAGGUAUGUGCAAGAAAAGAGUACAUAACAAGGAUUCUCAGGGCCCUGAACUUUCAUAUUCACUCCCUGCAGAGAAGAAAGAGCAUGUGCACACUGAGUUAAAAACUUUUGAUUUCUAACAGUAUCAAAUGUGUAAAUAAAACAAUCUGUACAAAAGAUGUACAAAGCAUUUCUCAUCAAAGUGAAACUAUGCAGCAAUAAAAGUGUGAUAUUUCCUCUCACCACA